GUGUACUAGUAUAUCAUAUGAGUUCACACUUAAGACUGUAAGGUCAAUAACAUGACAUUGCUUCUUCCAUAUAUAUGAUAUAAAGUUGAAACAGAUCUAUUGCAGCAGCCAAAGCAUUUAAGGUUCUACAGACGAAGAAAGAUUGUUCAGAGUGAAGUUGUUCCAAUUCAAUGGCGCAUUUGUCUUCCGGAGCUUCAUCAAUAAUAUAUGCUACACAAUACAGGGAUUCUGGAAGUAAGGCAUUUCCAGCUGGAAUUGUUGCUAGAAAAUCUAAAUUUGAAAUGCGGCCAUUAUGGGACUCUGGCAUAAAUCAUAGAAUUUCAAAGCACCAGUUAAGCACAUGGACUAUUGCAGGAGUUAAGAAGAAAGAAAGCGUCAAUAAUAUUGUCACAAAGUUGAAGGGUGUAGGAGAAAAGUCAAUGUCAACCAACGCUCCCCAAUCAAAAUAUGAUGUUUUUGUGAGCUUUAGGGGCAAGGACAUCCGAGACGGCUUUCUUGGCCAUUUGGUUAAGGCUUUUCGUCAAAAGAAAAUAAAUGUCUUUGUAGACAACAUAAUUAAGAGGGGAGAUGAAAUCAAACAUUCACUUGUUGAAGCAAUUGAAGGCUCGUUAAUUUCAUUGGUCAUAUUCUCAAAAAAUUAUUCUUCUUCACAUUGGUGUUUAGAUGAACUUGUGAAAAUAAUCGAGUGCAAAAAGGAUCGUGGACAGAUUAUAAUACCUGUUUUCUAUGGGGUGCGUUCUAAAAUUGUACUUGAUGAGCUUGAAAAAAAGGAUAAUUUUUCCAAGGUGGAGGAUUGGAAACUCGCUUUGAAGAAAUCUACUGAUGUUGCAGGAAUUAGGUUAUCAGAGUUUCGGAAUGAUGCUGAGCUGCUUGAAGAAAUCACCAAUGUUGUGUUGAUGAGGUUGAAGAUGUUGAGUAAGCACCCAGUUAACUCAAAAGGACUUAUUGGAAUUGACAAAUCAAUUGCACAUUUAAAUUCAUUGUUAAAGAAAGAGUCACAAAAGGUCCGUGUGAUUGGAAUUUGGGGUAUGCCUGGCAUUGGCAAGACAACUAUUGCAGAAGAAAUUUUUAACCAAAAUCGCUCUGAAUAUGAUGGUUGUUGUUUUUUGGCAAAGGUGAGUGAAAAGUUAAAAUUACAUGGAAUAGAAUCUUUAAAAGAAACCCUUUUUACUAAAAUAUUGGCCGAAGAUGUGAAAAUUGAUACACCAAAUAGGUUGUCCAGUGAUAUUGAGAGACGAAUUGGACGCAUGAAGGUUCUUAUCAUUCUUGAUGAUGUUAAGGACGAAGAUCAGCUAGAGAUGUUAUUCGAAACUCUUGACUGGUUUCAAUCAGAUAGUAGAAUAAUUCUAACAGCCAGAGAUAAGCAAGUACUUUUUGAUAAUGAAGUUGACGAUGAUGAUCGAUAUGAGGUUGGGGUAUUGGAUUCUAGUGAUGCACUUGCACUUUUCAAUUUGAAUGCCUUUAAACAAAGUCAUCUUGAAACUGAGUUUGAUGAAAUAUCAAAGAGGGUGGUCAAUUAUGCCAAAGGAAAUCCAUUAGUUCUUAAAGUUUUGGCUCAUAUGCUUCGUGGAAAAAACAAAGAAGUAUGGGAAAGUCAGCUAGACAAACUUAAAAGACUGCCAGUUAAAAAAGUUCAUGAUGUAGUGAAACUCAGUUACGAUGAUCUUGAUCGUUUAGAGAAAAAGUAUUUUUUAGAUAUUGCAUGUUUCUUCAAUGGGUUGAGUUUGAAAGUGGAUUACAUGAAACUUUUAUUGAAAGAUUGUGAAGGUGAUAAUUCAGUGGCUGUUGGGAUAGAAAGGUUGAAAGAUAAAGCUCUCAUAACUAUUUCUGAAGAUAAUGUUAUAUCUAUGCAUGACAUUCUUCAAGAAAUGGGUCGGGAGGUUGUUCGCCAAGAAUCUAGUGAAUACCCAAACAAACGCAGUCGAUUAUGGGAUCAUGAUGAAAUUUGCGAUGUCUUAAAAAAUGACAAGGGUACUGAUGCUAUUAGAAGCAUAUGUCUAAACUUGUCAGCAAUUAGGAAGCUGAAGUUAAGCCCUGAUGUAUUUGCUAAGAUGACGAACCUGAAAUUUUUGGAUUUUUAUGGUGGGUACAAUCAUGAUUGUUUGGAUCUUCUUCCUCAAGGGCUUCAACCUUUUCCAACUGAUCUAAGAUAUCUUCAUUGGGUACAUUACCCUCUAGAGUCAUUGCCAAAGAAGUUUUCUGCAGAGAAACUUGUUAUAUUGGACUUGUCGUAUAGCCUAGUAGAAAAGCUUUGGUGUGGAGUACAGGAUCUAAUUAAUUUAAAAGAAGUUACACUCUCUUUUUCAGAAGACCUGAAGGAGUUACCAGACUUUUCAAAAGCCAUAAAUCUUAAGGUAUUGAAUAUCCAACGUUGUUAUAUGUUGACAAGCGUCCAUCCAUCUAUUUUCUCUCUUGACAAGCUAGAGAAUAUAGUAGAACUAGAUCUAUCAAGAUGUCCCAUCAAUGCACUGCCAUCAUCUUUUGGAUGUCAAAGCAAGCUAGAAACCCUGGUUUUAAGAGGUACUCAAAUUGAGAGCAUACCUUCAAGCAUCAAGGAUCUUACAAGACUAAGAAAAUUAGACAUAAGCGAUUGCUCGGAGCUUCUGGCUCUACCUGAGCUUCCAUCAUCACUUGAAACUCUACUUGUUGACUGUGUGUCACUGAAGUCUGUAUUUUUCCCUUCAACAGUUGCUGAACAAUUAAAGGAAAACAAGAAAAGGAUUGAGUUCUGGAAUUGCUUCAAAUUGGAUGAACGUUCUCUCAUAAAUAUUGGGUUGAAUCUUCAAAUCAAUUUGAUGGAGUUUGCAUAUCAACAUUUAUCGACACUGGAACAUGAUAAAGUUGAAAGCUAUGUUGAUUACAAAGAUAUCCUUGAUUCUUAUCAAGCAGUGUAUGUAUAUCCUGGAAGUAGUGUUCCAGAGUGGUUGGAGUACAAGACAACAAAGAAUGAUAUGAUUGUUGAUCUCUCACCACCUCAUCUCUCCCCUUUGUUGGGCUUUGUUUUCUGCUUCAUCCUUGCCGAGGACUCCAAAUAUUGCGACAUUAUGGAAUUUAACAUCUCUACAUUUGAUGGUGAGGGUGACGGUGAAAAAGAUGGUGUCGAUAUCUACAUGUAUAGGACAUGUUGCUAUACUGAAUUAGAUCAUGUGUGCAUGAUAUACGACCAACCAUGUUCUCACUACCUAACCAGCAUAGCCAAAAGUCAGACACAGGUUAAAAUCAAGGUUACAGCAAGGACAAUAGGUAAUAAAUUUAGAGAAAGAACAGAGGUGAAGCUAAAGGGGUUUGGCAUCAGCCCUAUAAGUCACACAAUAUAUGACAAUUUCGUUGAGCAAAUGGAAUUGUUUGAUCGUAUUAACAAAUGGAAGAGGACUGUGCUGCUUAGCAUCAUCCUAUGUAUUUCCUUACUGCAGCUGAAGAUGAAGACGAAGAUGAAGAUGAAGAAGUUGAUUUAGGCACAAUGUAGUCUGAUUUUGAUAGUUUUUCCAAUGUUUGAGGAAGCGUACCAGAAGGAGAUUGCAGAAGUAUUGGUGUGAUACUCAGCUCACUGAGUAUUCUUUGUGUGAUGAUAAUGAUUGUAUUCACAUCCUCAUAAUAGUUCUUUAUUAAAAUUAAGGUAUCAUUGUUUAUAUUUGAAUACUUUUUUAACGGAUUUGAUUUCUUAGUUUUAAAAAUAAUGACAGUAUAAAGGAGAAGAUGAAUAAGAAGAGAAUCAAAACAAAUAAUAAUAAUGUAAUAUAUUAUGUUAUGGUAACAAAUUACAAGGACGGGGAAGGGGAAGGGGAUGAAUACAUGAGUUGAUAUUGAUA